GUACUGUCUGUUCAUCUGGGGACGUUCCCAAAUCUUCCGCUCUCCAAACAUGACGGAUCCUUGGCAGGAGUGCAUGGACCACUGUGUGGAGGUCACUAAACGCGCAGGAAAAAUAAUUCGUGAGGCGAUGGCGAAGGACAUUACCAUCAUGCAGAAGAGCUCUCCGGUUGACUUGGUGACAGAGACGGACCAGAAAGUGGAACAACUCAUUAUAGCCUCAAUCAGGGAAAAGUACCCCUCACACAGUUUCAUAGGGGAGGAGUCUGUCGCAGCUGGUGCCCGCAGCAUCCUAACCGACAACCCUACCUGGAUCAUAGAUCCCAUUGAUGGGACAACCAACUUUGUUCACAGGUUCCCUUUUGUGUCAGUAUCAAUUGGCUUCACUGUAGAGAAAAUGAUAGUGUUUGGGAUAGUCUACAGCUGCAUUGAGGACAAAAUGUACACAGCACGAAAAGGCCAAGGAGCCUUCUGCAACGGAGCUCCUAUCAAAGUGUCCGGGCAAGAAGAUAUUACCAAGUCCCUGGUGCUGACAGAGAUGGGCUUUAAGAAGGAUCCUGAGCACUUCAAAAUAAUGAUGGCCAACAUUAACACUAUCCUCACCAUCCCAGUGCACGGUAUCCGAUCGCCCGGCAGCGCAGCAGUGAACAUGUGUCUGGUGGCUAGUGGGGCGGCUGAUGCCUAUUACCACAUGGGCAUCCACUGCUGGGACAUGGCUGGAGGGGCAGCUAUCAUCACUGAGGCUGGGGGAGUUAUAAUGGAUAUCUCAGGAGGACCCUUUGAUCUGAUGUCUCGGAGGCUCAUCAUCGCCAGUAGCAGAACAAUAGCAGAACGCAUUGCCAGGGAGAUUACCGAGUUCCCCUGUGAGAGAGACGACACAGAGGGCUAGUUCCCUGCCGCUCGCCACCAACCCUCCCACUUGUUACACAGAGCUUUCUUUUAAAAUAGUCAGGAUUGUGUCUUUGCCUUAGGAACAAGCGAUAUACUCAUUGCAGCUCUGAAAAAAAAAGACCCAAGUGGAUUUUUGUUUUCCUCCCAUGUUGCUCACUGGUGUAAUUUUUCAAUUAGCGCUCAAAGGCUUUUUUUUCCCCCGCUGUGCUUAUUCUGACAAAGCGGCCAGACGAUGGUCAAGGAGGCAUUUGCGCACAUUUUUGUGGUAAAGAGUGCAGUGCCGUCAUUAACGGCACUGCACUACGAAAGACCAUCCGCAGAUGAAGGAAAAUGCCCUUGGCUCAGGCCUUGCACUUUAAGACUAUUUUAUAGCAGCACUGAAAUACAGCAGUAUUCAGAUUUGACCAAGUGUCAUCCUCUCUUUAUGGUCCAGCAGGUCGUUGGUACUUAUUUGUGAAUUAUAUGACAUUACAUUAACCAGAAUUUUUUAAGGAAAAUUCAGAAUCAUGUUUAUUGGCCAUGUAGGUUUGCACAUACAUGGAAUUUGACUGCGGUUUCGUGGCUCUCUCAGUGUACUUAACAUAGAAUAACAACACAACAAUCUUCAGAUAUAUACACAAGGAUUGAUUAUAUACAGGCGAAAUAAGAGGUGAUAAAGUGCAAUAGUGCAGAGAAUAUAUCAGAUGGUGAAAUAGAUGUUAGCAGGUUACUUACACACAUGCCUGAGGUAGAUGGACAUGACAGAGCGUACCAGUAUGCGUACAAUGUACAGUACAGUUUAUAGAAAAUGGUUGGAUUUAUUUGGCAGUGUUAAAUGUUCAUUUGAAUGACAGCCCCUGGAAAGAAACUGUUUUUGUAUCUGGUUGUUUUGGGGUACAGUGCUCUGUAGCGCCUACCAGAGGGAAGGAGUUGGAACAGGUUGUGACCAUGGUUUGAUGGGUCUGCGGUGAUGUUGCUUGCCCGUUUCCUGAGUCUGGAGGUGUAUAAGCCCUGAGUAGAGGGCAGGUUGGCACCAGUGAGUUUCUCUGCAGACCUAACUGUCUGUUGUAGUCUGUCCCUGUCCUGUUUGGUGGCCGAACCAAACCAGACAGUGAUGGAUGUGCAGGGGGCAGACUGGAUUAUUGCAGUGUAGAACUGAAUCAGCAGUUCCUGAGGCAGGUUGAACUUCCUGAGCUGGAGGAGAAAGUACAAAUUCUUGAAACGUUAAUACCUUUUGCACUUAAAUAGGAAUAGAUAUAUGCACUCCGUAGAGUAACGCCUCAGUUCUCAGGAGCCUGUCACUAGGAUUCACACAGUGCUCGUGAGUUCCUAAAAUCUCAAACGGUAUUUCAUCAACACUCUUGAUAAAUGUUCAUGUGCCACAUUGUUUUUUUUUUACGGUGUUGGUCUAUUAAUGGGGAAGCAGCAAUCACGUAAAGUAAAAUGACACAAUUUUAAUGUGCAAUUUCCUGGUCAAAAAAAAUUGGUGAGAAACAUGCAUUAGCUUGAACAUGCAAGCUGCACAAGGCAUGCAGGGCAACCAAGAAAAUGCGUAGCUGAGCUCUAGCGUCAAAUUUCAGCAGAGAAAUUCUCGACACAAUACUUUUGACAGUUCAGUGAAGCUCUUCUUCAUCAGCUUCUAUUUAAUGAGGUCACUUUUGAGAGUUUAAAGUUGUGCUUUACGACCAUGAGAUGCAGUGUUUAUCCAAAUACCUACUAUAUUAUAGGACAGUAAUCGGAUGGUCGAGGCAGAGCUGUAGGUGUUUCAACAUGCAAACCGUUGACUUAUGUAAGGUGUGGCAAUACUGAAGGUCUUGUCUGAACCGGUCCCAACCAUACAGUUAUUCAACUUCUCCUUUCUGUUACCUCAUCAUCAUAAGGAAUGUCUCUAACAGCAUAUAGGCAGGAAAGACAAAUCACAAUAGUAAAACUCCCCAGCAAACAAUGCGUUCCUUAUGAUCAUCCUCUUUCACAUGGUUUCCAUUGUUUGCUUCUAGUGUUUCUGUGUGUAUGUAAUGCAAUGAUCCACAUUCCCAGAAGAGAGCAUUAAAGGUUUGCA